CAGAGGCCCCGCCUGCUCCACCUUUCUCUCUACUCGCUCUCAUCUGGGCGUCUGUCUCUGCGGCCGGCGGAGAGCCCGGCACGCGGCAUGGGCAUCAACUGGGAGCUGGGGGCCUCUGCGGGCCGCUCGCUGCUGCUGUGCUCCGGGCUGCUGGUGGCGGGCUGCGCGCUGGGCCUGCGCCUGGGCCGCAGGCAGGGGGCGGCCGACCGCGGGGCACUCGUCUGGCUCUGCUACGAUGUCCUGGUGCACUUCGCGCUGGAAGGCCCUUUUGUCUACUUGUCCAUAGUAGGAAACAUUGCCAAUUCCAAUGGCUUGAUUGCAUCUUUAUGGAAAGAAUAUGGAAAAGCUGAUGCAAGAUGGCUUUAUCUUGAUCCAACCAUUGUGUCUUUGGAAAUUUUGACUGUUGUCUUGGAUGGGUUUUUGGCAUUGAUCCUGAUUUAUGCCAUAGUCAAAGAGAAAUAUUAUCGGCAUUUCAUACAAAUUACCCUGUGCGUCUGUGAACUGUAUGGCGGCUGGAUGACCUUCUGCCCAGAGUGGCUUAUGGGAAGCCCUAACCUCAACACCAACAGUUGGCUGUACUUUUGGGUCUACCUCGUAUUUUUUAAUGGUGUGUGGGUUCUAAUUCCAGGACUGCUGCUGUGGCAGUCAUGGACAGAACUCAAGAAGAUGCAUCACAAAGGAACCAGUGUAGGGAAAAAAUCUCGGUAAAUUUUCAAGAUCAUAAACACUGCUAUCUUGCAUUAAGAGCCAGGAUGAAUCAAACAGUUCAGUCUACACUUUCUUUUUAUAUUGUUCUGAGCAACCUAUUUCAAAUUGGUUGUGAGGUGGCAAAUUGUUGGUUUUUUUUUAAUUAAAUGGCAAAAGAAGGAAAAGAGAGGGCUGGGAGUGUAGUUUAUUGGUAGGGUGCUUGCCUAGCAUGUGCAAGGCCCUAGGUUCCAUUCCCAGCACCAUAAAAAAAGGGGAGAGUGAAGAGAAUUAAUUUUAACUUUAACUUGUAAUAAUAUCACAUUUAAUUAUACAUUUUUUAUGGCUGGUAUUAAUUGUUCCACAUUAAUAAAACCAAUUAGAACAUUA